ACAGGGACACAUGACGCGGCGGGUUAGAUGACGCACCGUUUAAAUUUCGCGCCAGGUAACUUUAAUAUGUGAAACAAUGCACUGCAUAUGAUAGCGUGAUUAUUACUUCAACGGUGUUCACGUUAAAUCAGCAAUAUUACAAGUGAUCAAAAUGCCUACAAUGUACGGUCCCCGGAAAAGCAGUAGGGGCCAAUGGUCAGAAGAACAGCUAAGAGCUGCUGUGGAAGCUGUUCGAAAUCAAAACUGGUCAAUUAGACAAGCCGCUAAAGACCAUAAUAUUCCUGAAAAAACACUACGCACUCGGCUGAAAACCGGAAAUUUGAAAAAAGGAUCUUUGGGAGGUGCGUCCUUCUUGGGAGAAGAGGCAGAGAAGAAACUGGUAGCCCAUAUUCGAACUUUGCAAUCAGCGGGAUUUGCACCAUCUAGAAAAACCCUUCGUCAACUUGCUUAUAAUUUGGCAAAGUCGAUGGGACUACAAGGUCGUUUUAACAAUACCAAAAAAAUUGCCGGAAAUGAUUGGCUGAAAUUAUUUAUGCGAAGAAAUCCUACUCUAAGUAUCCGACAAUCAGAAGGCGUCUCCUUAGCUCGAGCUGAAGGUAUGAACAAAGAAGAAGUGCAACAAUACUUUCAGUUACUUACAAAGACACUCACUGAUCAUGACUUACUUAGUAAACCUUUAUCCAUAUUUAAUAUGGAUGAGACUGGAUUACAGCUCAAUAAUGAACCUGGAAAAGUAGUUGCAAUUAAAGGUAGUAAAGUUGUUCAAAGUAUUAAAUCAACCGAAAGGGGAGAAACCAUAACGCUAGUAGCAUGUUGCAAUGCGGAGGGUAAUUUUUUACCACCUUAUUGCAUCUUCAAAGGAGUCAAUAAGCAACUUGCCUGGGAAGAAGCCAUGCCACCAGGGUCUGUAAUAAAAAUGCGAAGAGAAUCCGCUUACAUCAACGAAGAAUUGUUUAUGGAUUGGCUUACAAAUCAUUUUAUACCUCGAAAACCCCCAGGAAAAUGUAUUCUAAUUUUAGAUGGACAUGGUUCGCACAUGAAUUCGUAUGAAAUGCUGGAGACAGCAGUUGAAAAUGAUGUAAUUCUUUUGUGUUUACCUAGCCACACAACUCAUUACCUUCAACCCCUAGACCGGUCCUUUUUUAAAUCACUGAAGGCUUUUUUUAAAAAUCAAUGCGACGAAUUUGUCAGAGCAAAUCCACAAACAAAAAUUCACCGUCGUCAUUUUGGAAUGCUCCUUAGCAGCGCUUGGGCUAAUGCCGCUACGAGUAAAAAUGGAACUUCAGGAUUUGCUGCUACAGGAAUAUUUCCGUUGAAGCCUUCUGUUAUUCCCGAAUACGCGUUUUUAGUUGCUGAUCCUACUCAGCGUGUACCUUCCGAAGAUAAUGAAAGAUUGAGUGAGGCUCAAGUUUGCCCCGAAGAACCUGUUGUGACCAAUCUUGCAGUUCCUGGAACGUCAAGCAGUUCUGAUUGGACGCCUACAAAAAUUUUGUGUGAAAUUUCUCCUGUUCCAACCAUUUAUGUUCCCACUAAACGUCCAAGAAGAAAACAGUCUGCCCAGAACUUGACGGAAUUAUCUUACAUGGAAGAAAGAAAAGAAAAACGCCUGAAAAAAGAGGAAUCUGUCAAAAAGAAAAAAGAAAAGCAACAGAAAAUGAGUCAAAGUUCUAAAACUGUUAAAACAGUGAAAAAACGAAUAUUUUGUCAAGAAAGUUCUUCAGAUGAGGCAGAUGAUUUUAUUGUUAAUGAUACCACAGAUGACGAAGACCUGGAUGAAAAUGAGUGUGUCGAAUGUCUUGACAGAUACGAAACGACGUCUUCGAAUUCUGAUUGGAUACGUUGCAACAGAUGUAUGAGAUGGCUGCAUGAAACAUGCAGCAAUUACGAAAAUACAUGCAUGAGAUGUGGCUGCAUGGAACAAAAGAAACAAAAAUAGAAUUCCUUUCACCUAUCUAGAGACUAUACCAAAUAUUUACAAAUAAAAAAUGUUAUGUUGUUACAAGGCAUCUCUCCCAUAGCUGCUGCGUCAACUAACCCAUAUGGUGCGGGAGAGAUGGCAAAAAACACUUUCUUUGUUUUUAUUUUAUUAAAGAAAUAUUUUAUAUUUUUUUACUUAAUCGACAUGUUAUUCAUAAAAUAUAAGCUUUUCUCUAUA